AUGCCUCUCACCGGUCACUGCCUUUGCAAGGCUGUCACUUACACCGUCAAGGACACUGAGGAGCCCCUCCUCACUGGCUACGACCACUGCGAUGACUGCCAGCGUCAGUCCGGCUCUACCUACUCCCUUGUUGCUGUAGUCCUCAAGGACAAGCUCGAGAUCAACGGCCCCGUCAAGAAGUGGAAGGGCACCGCCGACUCCGGCAACACCGUCUGGCGCUGGUUCUGCGAGGAGUGCGGCUCCCCCAUCGCCCACGACCCUGAGGCCGCUCCCGUCAUUGCCCUCAAGGGUGGCUCGCUGUCCACUGAGAUUAAGAAGACUCUCAAGCCUGACACCGAGAUCUGGACCAAGUCCAAGCUCCCCUUCUGCCAGGAGCACUUGGCUAAGCCCUUCGAGGGCAUGCCCCAGUAA